AUGUGCGAAAGUUUGCAGAUAAAAAAUGACGAACAAGGAAAUGCAGUUGAAAGCGCGUGCAGAGUAGCGAGGUUGGAGUCUGAAUGCAUGCAGGGCGAGGGAAUGACCUUCAACUUCCUGGAAUCCCCGCACUGCAACCUUUUCGAUGUCGAAGGAACAACAAAUAAGUUGAGUUGUGUUGGAUGGUGGCGGGAGGAUUCAUACACCUUCAUUCUGGCUACUGACAAUGGUAUCAACGUACAAUACGCUAUGCGUUACGAGGCGAUGAAAUCUUCAAAUAUCGACGAGACCUUACUCCUUCUCUACUUCAGUCCAAUCUGUCCAACUAUCAAAAAGGGCAGUCCUCCGAGCCAGGUCAUGCACACUCUUCUCAAACUCAACAGACCUGGAAUAUCAUUGAGGCUGCUGAUCAUUCAGAAACAAUUUUUCUUUUGUUAUAGAGCUUUAACAUGCACAGAAAAGCUUCUUACAUUCAGUAGCAGCCACCCACCAACAUUUGCGAGCACAGUAUGGCGCAUGAAUGAGAGUCUUCGAGUUUUGGACAGGCAGUAUUCGAGCCAGUUCAUCGCGAAAAUAUGGCACUUCCAUCGACUUGGCUAA